AUGAAGUUUAUGAAGCUUGGAUCGAAGCCUGAUUCCUUUCAAACAGAUUGCAAUGACAAUACGUUUGUGGCAACUGAGUUGGCAAGUGACAUCAUUGUUAAAGUGGGAGAUGUCAAGUUUUUUCUGCAUAAGUUCCCCCUUCUCUCCAAGAGUAGUCUCAUGCAAAAGUUGGUGGCAGCUGCUAGUGAAGAAACCAUUGAUGAGAUUGAAAUCCCUGAUAUUCCUGGGGGUCCUGCUUCCUUUGAAAUAUGUGCUAAGUUUUGCUAUGGCAUUGUUGUUACCCUCAAUGCUUACAAUGUGGUCGCCGUCCGUUGUGCGGCGGAGUACCUUGAAAUGCUUGAGACAGUGGAGAAAGGAAAUCUCAUUUACAAGAUUGAAGUCUUCCUGAGCACCGGCAUCUUCCGCGUAUGGAGAGACUCCAUCAUAGUACUUCAGAGUACUAGAUCUCUGUUACCAUGUUCUGAUGACUUGAAGUUAGUAAGCCACUGUGUAGACUCAAUAGCAUCAAAGGCUUGCAUGGAUAUUUCGAAGGUGAACUGGUCAUACACUUACAGCCGAAAGAGAUUCACAUCUGACAAUAGUCAUACUAGGCAGCAAUUGGUGCCAAAGGACUGGUGGAUUGAGGACUUAUGUGAGCUUGAUCUAGAUUUGUAUUCGAGGGUCUUAUCAACCAUCAAAGCUAAGGAGAGAGUGCCAGAAAAGGUGAUAGGAGAAGCACUGAGAGCUUAUGCCUGUAGAAAGCUACCGGGAUUUGGCAAAGGCAGUGUGACUGAAAGGAACAAUGAUAUGAAAAGUGAGUCGAUUGUAGAGGCUAUUGUUGAGUUAUUGCCAUUAGAGAAAGGUUCUGUUUCAUGUAGUUUCCUGCUCAAACUACUAGGAAGUGCAAGAAUGCUGCAUUGCAAUGAGAAUAUUAAGAGAGAUCUGGUGAAGAAGAUAGGGAGACAGUUAGAUGAAGCACAUCUGUCUGAUCUCUUGUUUCCUUCUAAUGGAGAUGAAGAGGAAAACGCAAUUUAUGAUGUUGAAAUGUUUCUGAGCAUAGUGAAGGAGUUUGUAAUGAUUGAGAGAGAGGACCCAGGUCUUGUUUUUGAUAGCACAAAGAUAGCCGUUGGGAAAUUGGUUGAUGGAUAUCUGGCAGAGAUUGCAAAGGACCCUUAUCAGUCCCUGACAAAAUUCAUUGAACUUGCUAAUAUGGUAUCAGCUGAUGCAAGGCCAGUGCAUGAUGAACUCUACCAUGCCAUUGAUUUAUAUCUGAAGGAGCACCAAGAACUUAGCAAGGGUGAAAAAAAGAAGCUAUGCAGGCUUAUGGAUUGCAAAAAACUUUCUUCAGAGGCCAGUGCUCAUGCUGUUCAGAAUGAGAGCCUUCCAUUGCGUGUGGUAGUGCAGGUCCUCUAUUUUGAGCAGUUAAGAGCAGCUCUUCCAGCCACCACUUGCAAUGGCUGCUCUGGUGCCACUGAGAUCGGGAGUGGCUCCAACGGAAGCUUGAGAUCAGUCAUAACAGAGGAGAACAUGGACUCAGUACCAACAGUAGAAGACAUUAAAUCCUUGAAGAGCAUGGUGUUGGUUAAUGGUGGUGUGAAGACUGGCCAUAGGAGCAGCAGUAGUGAUUCAAACAAAACCACUGAGGACAAAGGCAAUGGCAAGGUGAAGGCCAUUGCCAUGCCGAAGAAGAUAUUUGGGAAGCUGUUAUCAAACAAAGGAGGCAGUGGCUCUGAUACCACAGGAAGUCCAGAUCUGUCAAAACCAGAAGAUUCUAAAUCUACUCCACUAAGGAAUGGAAGGCAUUCUGUUUCUUAGCAGUUCUGGUACUGAUAACAAGUAGUUCUUUGGUAGACAAGUAAGAAUAUAUUACAUGUAUUAUAAAGAAGAAAGCAAAUGUGUGCUUUUGUGUUUACAGGUUUAUGAAUGCUCCAUCAUAUGUAUAAUUAACUGUUACUGCAAAGUUUUAUGAUCAG